AUGCAGUCGACACGCUAUGUUAUUGGCUUUUCUUUUCUAUGGUUACGGAUUGUCCACGCAAACGCAUUAGUCCUGACUGGUACCACACUGACAUUCGAUGGCAUUCCAUACUUUGUGCCGCCUUACUCGGUAGGAAAGAUACCAGACACGGUAGUGCGUUCUUCGAUUACGCAUACGCUUGGGCUGUCACCGAUUACCAUCGCCACUGUAGCUGCCGGCCAUUUUGACCUCAACGACCUGGAUUCGCUACGACACAACUUUACAGAACACGAUGACGUCUUUCAAAAUGGUUUUCUGCAAUCAAUCUACCUCCAGUACCCAGGAUCAUGGAAUCGCAGCGCCGUUUUCCCCGGAUCUGUUGGUAACAGUUCCAUAUUCGAUUUGGGUUGCGAUCUAUCGCUGCCAAGCGGGCCGUAUUUCAUGUCUCCUGACGGUUCCUUGUAUCAGGCCUACCGCCUCUACGCAGACACACAGGGUGCUUUUGUCGAAACAGCCAUCGCUAACACCGAUGGAAGCUUUUCAGUUCUUCCAGCUAAUAUUCCGGGACAGGCUUUGGCUGUGGCGGUCCCGUCUCGAUUGUACUUUACCAAAACAGCGAGCAAGCCUCUAUCAGGUGUGAGGAUCGGCAUCAAAGAUAUCUACAGCAUCAAAGGCCUUAGAUCAGCAAAUGGUAAUCGUGCCUGGUACGAUCUGUAUCCUGCAGCCAACAUCACGUCCCCAGCGGUUCAAAAUCUAAUCGAAGCUGGAGCGGUGAUCGUUGGUAAGAUGAAAACUAGCCAAUUUGCCAUUGGAGAAACAGCCACCGCAGAUUGGGUUGAUGUACAUGCGCCAUUCAAUCCUCGUGGAGAUGGCUAUCAAGAUCCGUCCUCUUCCUCUGCGGGUUCCGCAGCAGGAGAAGCUGCGUAUCCUUGGCUGGAUCUAACCGUUGGCACCGAUACUGGAGGUAGCAUACGAAGCCCUGCGCAGAUCCAAGGGGUCUUCGGACAUAGGCCCACACACGGAUUAGUCUCGCUGGACAACGUAACGCCCAUUGCCCCCGAGCUUGACACGGCAGGUUUCUUUGCACGUGAUCCGAUACUGUUCAAAACGGCAGCUCAAGCAUUCUACAAAGACAGGAUUAGCAUGUUAAAUAGUUAUCCUUCUAACAUUCUCGCAGUAGGAUUUCCAGAUAACACUACUGGGGAGCUGAAUCGCAUCUUAGUGGAUUUCCUAUCGAGUUUGACCGACUUCCUAUCAUCCAAUACAACUGUAUUCGAUAUACAGAAAACUUGGGAAGCGAACAGACCGGAAAUGCCUCCUCUGUCUACUUAUCUUAAUGACACAUACGACAUCAUUACCUCGCAUCGACAGGCUCAACUAGUGAGAGACCCAUUCUACGCCGACUAUGCAGCCAAGUUCGACAGCAGAACGCCGUUUGUGAACCCGAGCCCUCUCGCCCGUUGGGCUGUUGCAGAUAUGUCUCCAAAUACACUAGAGAAUGCCCUUGAGGCCAAGUCUCAAUUCCGUGAUUGGGUCAGCUCUUAUAUUCUCCCCGCUGACCCCCAGACUUGCUCGAAACACUUGCUUGUGUACGUUCCAAGAAGGCCUACGCCUAAGUACCGCAACACAUAUCUUGCAGGCGUUACGCCUCCGGCGGCCUUUUCAACAAGCAGGAUCUCCCCACUUGCGGACGUGCCGGAGAUGGUAGUACCCAUUGGAGAGGUGGCAUACCGGUCUAAUAUAACGUCGCAUACAGAAUACUUGCCUGUGACCGUGGAUUUAAUAGCGCGGAAAGGUUGCGACGGUAUGCUAUUCUCCCUGCUAGCAGAGCUCUAUGAGAAGGGGUUGGUAAACAGAAGUGAGCCUGGGAGAAGCAGUGUGCUUGGUGGCGACAUCCUUUUUUGA